AACAACUAUUAAUUGCUAGCUGUCUGUCAGGUAGUUUAUAUGUGUCAUCUUUUAUUUUACAACAGACAGAUGAAGGUGUGAUGACACCCCAUUUUUCAGAGGAGAACACUGAGGCUCUGAGAAGUUGACUCCCCAACAACUGUAUCGCUAGUACACAUUGGAGCUGGAUUUAGAACCAGAUGCGUCUAAUACUUUAUACUACCAUAGUGCUGUCUUUAUGAGUAGCAGUUUCAUUCAGUAUAGAGGACCAUGCUGCCUGCAAUUCAAGUAUGGUUUGGGGAAGAUCUGCCUCUGAGUCCUCGGAGUCCACUGACUCCCAGACAUGGGCCAGGAUUGGCUGAUGUUUGUCAGUAUGAUGAGUGGAUAGCAGUGAGGCAUGAAGCCACUCUGCUGCCUAUGCAAGAGGAUCUGUCUAUCUGGUUAUCUGGUCUACUAGGUAUUGAAGUUAAGGCAGAAAGAUUAUUGGAAGAAUUGGAUAAUGGAGUGUUGUUAUGCCAACUGAUCAAUGUUCUUCAAAAUAUGGUGAAAGCAUGCAACUCUGAAGAAUCAGGGGAUUUUCCAAUGGGAAAAGUGCCUUGUAAGAAAGAUGCUGCAUCAGGUUCGUUCUUUGCCAGAGACAAUACUGCCAACUUCCUUCACUGGUGUCGGCACAUCGGAGUUGAUGAGACUUUCCUCUUUGAGUCUGAAGGCUUGGUUCUACACAAAGAGCCAAGGCAGGUGUACCUUUGUCUUCUUGAAAUUGGUCGAAUUGUGUCAAGAUACGGGGUUGAGCCACCAGUAUUAGUAAAACUUGAGAAAGAAAUUGAAUUAGAAGAAACCUUGCUUAAUACCUCUGGACCUGAAGAGUCUAUCAGCAUUCCAAAAUCAUGCUGUCAGCAUGAAGAGCUACAUGAAGCUGUUAAGCAUAUUGCUGAGGACCCUCCAUGCAGCUGUUCCCAUCGAUUUUCUAUUGAGUACUUAUCUGAGGGGCGAUACCGACUAGGGGAUAAAAUUCUCUUUAUUCGGAUGCUUCAUGGAAAACAUGUCAUGGUCCGCGUUGGUGGAGGCUGGGAUACUCUGCAAGGAUUUUUGCUCAAAUAUGAUCCCUGCCGAGUAUUACAGUUUGCUACACUGGAACAAAAAAUUUUAGCCUUUCAAAAAGGAGUUUCCAAUGAAAGUGUCCCCGAUUCAAGUGCCAGAACACCCCUACCUCCUGAAAUGAACCCUCUGGCAGCAGUUAACACAUUUCAGAAGCAGAAUUUCAAACCAGGCAUGCCACUUGGUACUCCAAAGAGCAAGGAAAAGCAGGUGCGGCAGCCAGGUGUAGCGCAGCCUGUAUCUUCUGUAAAAGGUAAUCUGAGUUCUGUAUCCAUCCGUCCUAAACUCCCAGCUUCUCCAGCAGCUUCUUCACAUCUCAAGCACAAGUCGUCGUCCAGGGUCCUAACAAAGAAACCCCACGUGUCCUCCAGCACUGUGUCCUCUUCCCUUGCUCCUUUAAAUCCACGAGGUCAAAGCACUUUAUCAGCUCCAUCCAGCUCUGCACCUUGUGCAUCCGAGCCAUUGAGAAAAUGUGUCACCUUCUCCAACACUCCCAAGGCCAAGGCUGCUCUCGCCCCGAAAUCAGGAGAUCUGCCCAAGUCUAUACUUUUACCAAGUAAAUGCUCUGGAAGAACAGAACCAAAGAGCUUGAAGCACAAUCAUAUUUCUUCCAAGGAUGAGACACCUACAAAUUCAUCAUCAAAGUGUCCAAAGUUACCUAAAGCGAAUAUACGCAUAAGACCAACACCUUCUCCUUCUUCCCAGUCCCCUGCAAAAAUGACAAAACCCAGUUCCAAAACGGCACCUGUGGGUGUAGGAACACGGUCUCAGCCAUCUGAUGGAAACUCCCAGUCAGAGGCCAUCCCAGUACAGAAGCUUAAAUCAGCCUUGAACUCAAAUCAUCCAGUUUCUGCAUCUUCACUUUCUUCUGCAAAGGUAACACAAAAACCAGAUGAUAAGAGCACAGUUUCAGUUGCCAAAAAGCAGCUUCAGAAUAAAAGCACUCGACAGAAGACAGAACUAAGCUCCUCAAAGUCUCCCAGCCGAACUCCACUGUCCAUUGUGAGUGUUCCCCAGUCUCCUGCCAAAACACAAACUGCAGCCAAGUCGGCACCAGUGGCCAGUAAGGGCCAGUAUUCAGCCAGAGGGCCUCCAAAAUGUAGCAAGGCCCCAGCUCCCUCUGGGAAACCACCCUCAGCCCUUAGGGGAGCAGAUGGUAGAGAUAAAAAACCAACUGCAAAGAAAAAGGAAGGCGAUGACCACUAUUUUGUUAUGACAGGAAGUAAGAAACCAAGAAAAUAAAUAUGAAUGUGUUGUUUCAGCAAAUGGAUAGGGAAAAGAAUGAGUGUGUUAGAUUUUCAUCUCCCAAGUUUCUCCUAUUUGUGUUUGUCCAAAUUGGUGCAGACAUUCAGCCCAGAAUGAAAGGUGGAGGCUGGGGAUGAAGAUAGAGGCUGUAAUGAGGAGAGGGUUCACACAAGGUUCUUGUUAUUAGUAGGCAAAUACAUGAUGUCCAAUCAUAGCAUUUCUGUCCUGUCUGCCCUUUAAGGGAAAUGUAAAAGUCCAAUAACACUACUGAGUUAUUACUGCGGUUAAAAUAUUUUUGAAUAGUUGUUGUAUAUGGAGGUUUUAUAUUGUAAUGUAUAAUAUUAUAUAAUAUAUAUGCUAAUAGAAAUAAUGAUGCUUUUUAAAUAUUGGUUACUGCAUUUUAGUCAGAAUACUAUGGUUUGGCCAGGCAUGGUGGUGCAUGCCUGUAAUGCUAGCAUGCAGUGAGGCUGAGGCAGGAGGACUGAGAAUUUGACAGCAGCUUGGGCUUUUGCACAGCAAGAUCCUUUAUUAAGAAAACAAAAAAGGCCAGUGGC